GGCGACUGUUAGGCCGCGGCGCGGCCCGGACGCAGCAGAAACAGCAGAGUUGCUGCGACCGCGUUGGCGAUGGCGCACGAAGGCUCGAGGCAGGAGAGGCAGGUCCGAGACCGCGCGGUGACCCGGUCCAAGACGGAAAAAGUGCGGCCGCCCACUGUGCCAGUGCCGCAGGUGGAUAUUGUGCCUGGGCGGCUCAAUGAGGCCGAGUGGAUGGCGCUUACCGCCCUCGAGGAGGGCGAGGACGUGGUAGGGGACAUCUUGGCCGACUUGCUGGCUCGAGUCAUGGACUCUGCUUUCAAAGUCUACGUGACUCAGCAGUGUAUUCCAUUCACCAUCAGCCAGGCCCGGGAGGCCAUGCUGCAGAUCACGGAGUGGCGCUUCCUGGCCCGGGACGAGGGAGAAUCUGCAGUGGCUGAGGACCCCACGUGGGGUGAGGACGAGGAACCUUCGGCAUGCACGACAGACUCCUGGGCUCAGGGUUCAGUGCCCGUGCUGCACGCGCCCACCUCGGAGGGCCUGGAGAACUUCCAAGGCGAAGUACACUCCUCAGGAACCUCUCCGGUCUCCUCUGCCCCUACUCCUGCUCUCCUCUUUCCGACAUCUCACUGUCCGAGUGCAUUUCCCCAGGACCCUGGGGGCGUGGACCAGAUCCCUUUAGGAAGGUCGUGGAUGGGUCGAGGCUCCCAGGAGCAGAUGGAAUCUUGGGAGCCUUCUCCGGAGCUGAAAGUCACCUCGGCCCCUCCUCCUACGUCAGAGCUGUUUCAGGAGGCAGGGCCAGGAGGUCCUGUAGAGGAAGCGGACGGCCAGUGUAGAGGCCUCUCCUCGGCCGGGUCCUUGAGCGCGAGCUUCCAACUGUCGGUGGAGGAGGUGCCUGCGGAGGAUGCCGACCCUUCUCUGGAGCGGUACCUGGUGGCCAGCUCCCAGGCCUUAACCGAGAGAGGACAGCCCCUGGGUUUCCAUUUGUCAUUGGAGGACCUCUACUGUUGCAUGCCCCAACUGGACACGGCUGGGGAUCGGCUGGAACUCAGGUCGGAGGGGGUGCCCGGCAUCGCCUCGGGCGUGUGGGAGUCCUGCCCCUCUGUGGGCGGCGCCACCCGCCCCUCCGCGUCCUCCCAGCAGCAGCUGGACGGAUCCUCAGCUGUGCGGCUGAGCGCCCAGGACCACAGGAUGCGCCGCAAGGCGGCCGUGAAGCGCCUGGACCCUGCGCGGCUCCCGUGCCACUGGGUGUGCCCUGUGGCUGAGGUCCUGGUCCCAGACUUUCAAACACGCCCCUUGGAAGCCUACCGAGGACGCCAGCGGGGCGAGAAGACCAAGGCCCGGGCCGAACUCCAAGCCUUCGGCCCCAGCACCUGUGUCUCCCCGGCAGCGUUCUUCCCUCUCCGGCCAGGCGUUCAAAGUGCCUUGGACUCGGGCCCCGCACUCCACUUCCCCACUUUAAAUUUAGGCCUAUCGUCGCCAUCCUUCAGGUCAAAGCUGCCACUCCCCGACUCCAGGAUCCGCUUCCUCACCACACACCCAGUGCUCCCUGAUGCGGCCCGCAGCCUUAGCCCCAAGCUGUGGCCCAGUGCCAGGUGGCCCAGCGGUUGGGAGGGGGAGGCCGAGUUGCUGGGCGAGCUGUGGGCUGGCCGGACCCGUGUGCCUCCACAGGGUCUGGAGCUGGCAGACAGGGAGGGCCAGGAUCCUGGCAGGUGGCCUCGAACCACACCCCGGGUUCUUGAAGCCACUUCCCAGGUGAUGUGGAAGCCGCUGUUGCUGCCAGAAGCCCUGAAGCUGGCCCCUGGUGUGAGCAUGUGGAACCGGAGUACCCAGGUGUUGUUCAGCUCUGGUGUGCCUGAACAAGAGGACAAAGAAGGUAGCACCUUUCCUCCCGUUGAGCAACACCCCAUCCAGACAGGUGCCCCAAAGCCCCAGGUGACCAUAGCACAGCUAAUGAAGAACUCAACCCCCAAAGUGUGGUCACACUCCUCUAAGCCCGCUGCCUCACUCUGAUCCCUUAGCCUCUGGCAGUGUUAACAGGCCCCUCCCUCUGCUUGCCAGAAAUAAACACCUGAGUUGCCUUAG